UUGGUUAGAACUUACUCCAUAAGACGAGCCAUCAACAGGAACCAAAGAAGCAAAGACCCAAACAAACAAUGGAAGGGAUGAGCAGCACGGCAAUGGGCGUCCUCACCACGGCGGCGGAUGUGGUGAUCGUCAUCUUCGCCACCACCAUUGCCUUCUUGGCACCGCUGCUCGUGUCACAGGCCGUCCUCCCGCGCCGCUUCUUCCCGGCGCCAUUGGUGGCGUUCAGGCGUUGGUACGCGGCAAAGUUCAAUGACUACCUCGCAGCUGAUGAUCCACCGGCGUUCUUCCGUGGAAUCACAUGGCUGGAGCUCGCUUUCGAGUGGCCGCUCUGGGUCGCCAGUAUCUACGGCAUCCUCGCCCACCGCAGCUGGGCCGGCACCACUGUCCUCAUGGCCGGAGUCUUCACCCUCACCUCCUUGUCUGCAAUCCUUGGAGAUAUUUUGGGGUCAGGAAGGGCAACGAAGAAGCUGCUUCUGGUGCAUAUCCCAUACGCUAUUUUCGCCGUCAUCGCGAUCAUUCGUGGACUCACCAUCUUAGGGUUUCCUGCGGUUACCAUCGGUUCAUCACUUGCACCUUCUGCUUGGAAGAUCAUCUAGUGUAUCAGUUUCUUCGGCUUGUGUAACCAGCCGCGGCGCCGCGCAUAUUUUCACAAAGGUUGUGAGAUCGAUGUACAUCUGUAUUAAUGUGUAGCCAACCGAACAUGUGUUUGUACUUAAUCAUUGUUCGUAUUCAACCAUGCUCUGCUUCUUCAAAUACUGAUCGAUAGCCAAUUAUGGCUUCAGCGUUCUGAGAUCCUGCCAUGGUGGCAAAUAUUGCACCGCGCCAAAGCUUCGAGCGCGGCCAUGGAUAUCUGCAGCCAAGGUUGCGCGCGCUAUGCCGACCCAAUUGCAUAAUGUGACUAAU